AUGGCAUUCUUCUACGACAAUCCGGUCAUCGAGUUCUUCCACAAGGUCGUUCGCAAGCCCAGCACCAUCCUCAUGUGGCUAUUCACCUCCGUCAUCGUUGGAAGCACGGCCUACCUGAUCGUAUUCCUCCCAGGGCCUUCCUCGACCGACCACGACACCGACAAGGACCCCGACGAACCUCGUUAG